AUGCUUCUUAAGCAGAAAGAGAAAGCGAAGACUUUGAAGGAGGAACCAGCCGUAGUAGCGGCGGUGAAGCUGGAGCGGAAUGCAAGGACUGCUUUCAGAGGAAAAAUCAGAACCCGGCCAUUCCAGUCUGGACCUAGACCAACCGGUGGCGAAUGCAAUCGGUGUGGUUCAUACCUCCAUUCGAAUGAUGACGUGCGUUGCCCAGCUAAGAAAGCCCGUUGCAAUAACUGCGGAAAGAUCGGCCACUUCGGUAGGAAAUGCCGAGGCGGUUAUAAACGCUUUGGUCGUCGCGAGACCUGGAAGCAACCGAAGGAAGAAGCCAACGUCGUUACCUCCGAAGAUGACUGGAAUGAAGAGCUACCUCGCCGUCCGGUUCCGGAAGACAUUCAGCAGGUCUCUUCUUCCCCUCGGAACAAUGGAAUCAUAACUGGUCUGGUCAACAAUUUCCCCGUCGAUUUUCUCAUUGACUCUGGGGCAGCGAUUAAUACAAUUACCGAGGAGGUUUGGGCUGAACUACAGAGGAACAAUGUUGAUGUUGUUAAACGAAACGCUCAAGGGGAUCGUCAGUUCUCGUCUUAUGCCAGUGAGAAACCCCUCCGUGUUCUAGCUACUCUUGAGUCCAAAAUUUCCAUCAAUCCCUCGAAACCGAUUACCUAUGCGGAGUUCUUCGUCAUACAAGGGGCCAACCGUUCGUUAUUGAGCAAAACAACAGCUGAAGAGCUGAAUGUGUUGAAAGUCGGCCUAGAUGUCCAUCAGGUAGAGGAAACUGUAAACCCUUUUCCGAAGUUCCCCAAUGUGCAAGUGAAGCUGUCAGUGGAUCCUUCAAUUCCACCCAAAAAGGUUGCAUAUCUCAGGAUUCCAGAACCUAUGAAAGAUAAGGUUGAUGAGAAGAUUCAGGAGAUGCUCCGACAGGACAUUAUUGAACCGGUUCGAGGUCCACCUGAUUGGAUUUCACCAUUAGUGAUCGUUCCCAAAGGAAAAGGAGACGUACGACUCUGCGUGAACAUGAGGUUUCCGAAUCAAGCGAUUCAAAGGGAGCACUAUCCAAUCCCGGUGAUUGAUACCGUUUUGAACGAACUCCGGGGGUCAACGGUUUUCUCACGGCUAGACAUGACCUCCGCCUAUUAUCAUCUGGAACUUCAUCCUGAUUCCCGUAACGUCACAACAUUCAUGUCAAACCGAGGAUUAAUGCGUUUCAAGCGGCUCAUGUUCGGGAUAAACUGCGCUCCCGAAAUAUUUCAACGGGUGAUGACGGAAAUGUUGGCGGGAAUCGAUGGAGUCGUGGUUUAUAUAGAUGACGUCGUAGUUGCCGGAAGAACUCUGGAUGAACAUGACAUGAGGCUGCAGAAAGUACUAUCGGUAUUGGAGAGCAACAAUGCGAAGCUGAAUCUCGAGAAAUGCGUAUUUCGCGUUACAGAGCUGGAAAUUCUGGGGUUCAAAGUAAAUGCCCUCGGAAUCCGCCCAUCUGAGGAGAAGAUUGCUGCAAUUCGGAACUUUCGCCUGCCGGAAACGAAAGAGGAGGUCCGGAGCUUUCUGGGGCUCGUGAAUUUUGUGGGCCACUUCAUUCCAGAUCUAUCAACCCGCACGGAACCGCUUCGUAAAUUCAUUCGUGGAGAAAUCGUAACCUUUGGGGAAAACCAGAAAGCAGCAUUUGACGAUCUUCGCAACGAGCUAACAACAAAAGUGAGGCAAUUAGGUUUUUUCGAUCCCAAGGACACGACAGAGCUUUACGUGGAUGGCUCUCCAGUAGGCUUGGGGGCAGUGCUUAUCCAGCGUGACAAGGCGCAGUGGCCCAGAAUCAUAAGCUUCGCCUCAAAAAGUCUGACGAAUGCUGAACGUUUGUAUCCUCAGACACAGCGUGAAGCAUUAGCCGUAGUGUGGGCUGUGGAAAAGUACUAUCUGUACUUGUUUGGACUCCGCUUCACAGUAUUCACGGACCAUAAAACUCUCGAAUAUAUUUUCGAGGGGAAGUAUCGUGAUGGCAGGCGAGCGUGUUCGCGAGCACAGGGCUGGGCUUUGCGGCUCCAGCCUUAUGACUUUCAGAUCAAGCAUAUCCAGGGAGCAAAUAACAUUUCAGAUGUCCUAUCUCGUCUGUGCACUACUGAAGAUGCGCCAUUUGACGAGUCAUCUCAGCACUUUCUCUGUGCUGUAGGAGAAUCACCGGAUGCCAUUACUCUAGAAGAAAUCCGCACUGAGACGGCACGUGAUCCAACCCUCACCGGAGUUGUCGAAGCCAUGAAAACUCAGAAUUGGCCAUCGGAUCUGUUUCGAUUCCAAGCUUUCAGCAAAGAAUUAGGGUUGAUUGAUGGUAUCGUGGUACGUGAGGACAGAAUCGUCUUACCGUUGAAGUUGCGUCGGCGGGCAUUGGACAUCGCGCACCGAGGACACCCCGGAAUCGUAGCAAUGCGCCGCAAUUUGCGACAAUACGUGUGGUGGCCGUGUAUGGACAAGGAAGUUUGCAGUGCUGUAACAGAAUGUGUUGGAUGUACUGCAGUUAGCGGUCUCAAUCCACCUGAACCAAUGAGUCGUAAAAUGAUGCCGGAGAGGGCUUGGCAAGAGAUAGCCAUUGACUUUCUGUCCGCCAAAGAGUUCGCUACUUUCUUGGUUGUGGUGGAUUAUUACAGCCGGUAUCUUCACGUGAUAGAAAUGAAGAGCACGACUGCGACGAGGACGAUUGAAGCGCUCAUGAGGAUUUUUAAAGACCAAACGUUCCCUGAAUCUAUUCGCUCGGACAAUGGGCCACCAUUCUCAAGCGAAGAAUUCUCUCAGUUCUGUGCCACUCUUAAAACUGAUUGGCGGAAGAGCUUGGAGGACUACGUGUAUAUGUACAAUACCACCCCUCACACGGUCACCGAGAAACCUCCCCUGGAACUGCUAACUGGGCGUCCGGUCAAAGACCUGUUGCCUUCCCUGCGGACAGAUCCCCAUUGGCAACGAGACGAAACCAUACGAGAAAACGACGCGAUGAAGAAAAUGCAGGGUAAGCUUUAUGCCGAUCAUCGCCGACAUGCUAAGGAAUCGGACAUCUCCAUCGGGGAUAUAGUGAUGCUGAAGAGCUACGAGUCCGGAAAGCUUGAAUCGACUUUCAAGAUGGAGAAGUUCACGGUUCUGGAGCGAACCGGUACUGAUACAGUUGUUGUCAACAAAGACGGAGUGAAAUACCGGCGUCCGGUUGCCCACUUGAAAAAGUGGCCAUCUCCAUCGUUACCUUCCACCACCUCUGAUUCUUCCACAGGUUCCCAUAAAACCUCGGAGCAGGACGUCUUGAACCAUGAACCCAAGGAUGUGGAGCUUCCUCAAACUUCGUCGCCUAUGUCUGCACCGAACCUAGCAGAGAGAAAGGAGGAUGAUCGGCAGACAACCCAAAAUUCGGGCAUUUUGAAAGAAGUUGACCGAAGAGCCUUUGGAGCCUGCGAACGUAAUGUACUGCGAACGAUUCUCGGCGUUAAACUGAAGGACGGCAUCUGGUUGCGUCGCAUGAACAUCUAA